GUUUGGCGCCGCUGUUAUUGUGCCACUGGCCCAUACCGGCUACACCGGUCAACCGGUCCAGCAGCUAUAUAUUAAAAUCCAGAGAGAUAUCGUUAAUAUCAAAUCGUGACACAAGAGACGAGACGCGAGCGUGAUUUAAUAUCUUUUGAAUAUUCCGGAUUCGAAAUCGACCCGACCCGAAUUUAGAGAGAUGAUACUGGUGGCGAUCGUCGCGGAGGUGCUGGAGGAGUAUACGGCGUUGCUGGCUCGCGUGGUGGAGCAGGUGUUCCGUUCAGCUCCUGUUCCCCGGCGGGUUCGCUUCCUCAUCCUCCAUAGUCUUCCAUUCACUUCUUCUCAUCCGAGGACGGUUCACUGAUUCAGUUCCCUCUUUCCUGCCUCUGCUUCUUCCGUUUUUCUCUCUUUAUUCUGUUUUUAGGUUAAUUUUUUUCUGCGAGUGAUGGAGAUUCUCGAUACAUGUGUACUUUCAUUGCCGACCUUCUGUAAAUUCUUUUAUGUAUACUGAUUUCUCUCAGAUUUUAUGUUUUAGCUCUUUUUUGAAUUCGA